AUGGCAUCUUCCUCUAACACAUUGUCUUUCUUCAAUGAAAAUAUUCGAAUGGAUUCUGCAGAUGACGCCGAAGAUGUUGCGUUGAAAAUUGAGAACUUCCGUGACUUGAAGACAUUGGAUCUAAGAGGAAAUACAGUUGGUGUGGAAGCAGGGAAAAGGAUUGCACAAGCUCUCGAAAAACAUCCAGAAUUAGAGAGAUGUAUUUGGAGCGAUAUUUUCACGAGCCGGUUGAAAACGGAAAUUCCUCCAAUUUUGCGCUCUUUGUGUACAGCUCUUAUGAGAGCCAACUGCCAUAUCAAAGAGUUGGAUCUAUCUGAUAACGCAUUCGGACCGAUCGGUGCAGAAGGUAUUUCGAAUUUCUUGACUUCGCCAUCUGCAUACUCUCUAGAAACCCUAAGGUUGAACAAUAAUGGUCUCGGAGGUGGAGGAAAAACGAUCGCUGAAUCUCUUAUUCAAUGUCAUCGGAAUUCCUUGCGAGAUGGCAAAAAAUUCCAACUAAAAACGUUUGUCGCUGGCAGGAAUCGGCUAGAAAAUGCAGGAGCAAAGGCUCUAACGGGAGCCUUCUUGGCAGCCAAAUCUUUAGAAGAAAUAUCUCUUCCUCAAAACGGUAUCCGAUCGUCAGGAAUUUGUGCGCUCGCCUAUUCGUUUAGAUUUAAUACUUCGCUUCGUGUGAUAAACCUUAACGACAAUACUUGCACUACUAAAGGAGCUAAGGCUUUAGCUAAGGUCUUAGGCGAACUUACUGAACUCGAAGUAUUAGAUCUUGGUGAUUGCUUGUGCAGGAAUGAAGGGAUUAAGAGUAUUUGCGAAGCUAUUUGCGACAAGAGGCACAACAAAAUAAAGUACGUGGACUUUUCCGGGAAUGAGCUAUCCGCUGAAACAGCAGAGUUCGUAAUUAGACGGUGGAGAGAGGUAUUCGAUCCGAAAUACAGAAGAGUGGAGCUAAAAAUGACGAACAAUUGCUAUGGGUCAAACUUUGCGAAACUAAAGAUGUUGAUUAGUUAUACCGGAAUUGAUCUUGGUCUUAGCGACGAUGAUGAAGGUUCUAUGUCCGAUUACUCUGAAAAGCUUUCGGAAUCAGAAGAAAAUGUUGAAGAUUCUGAAGAAGAAGGCGACCGUUCUGUUAGAAUUGCUGGAGGUGAUGAUAAAGACGUUGAUGGACUUUUACAAGGUGUUGGUUGUAUGAAGUUCACAGACCAACUAUCUAUGAGUGAAUCAUCGAGUAACGAUGUGGUUUCGUUCCUGGACCAACAACUGAAGCUGAAUACUGUACAAGACGCUGAAUCUGUUGCAAAGUGUAUUGAACAACAAAAAUGCAUGCGUGUACUUGAGCUCAAAGGGAACACUCUUGGCAUUGAAUCGGGAAAACGUAUCGCCCAAGCAAUCAAAUGUCAUCCUGAGCUUAAGCGUUGCUUAUGGAGCGAUAUGUUUACCGGGCGACUCAAGGAUGAAAUUCCACCGAUAUUGAAAUCUCUGUGCUCGGCAAUGAUCUCUGCCGACUGCCAUAUCACCGAACUAGAUCUUUCGGAUAAUGCUUUCGGACCGAUUGGAGCUGAGGGCAUACAAGAAUUUCUCAUGUCUCCAUCGGCUUUUUCUUUGGAAGUGUUGAAACUCAACAACAAUGGGCUUGGAGCUGGCGGAAAGGUUAUUGCGCAAUGCUUGUCUGAAUGUCAUAGGAAGUCUGUCAAUGCUGGUCGGCCACUCAAACUAAAGACCUUCAUAGCUGGUCGAAAUCGUCUAGAAGUCCCUGGCGCAUCUGCUCUAGCAUCGGCAUUUGCGAGUAUUGGGACUCUUGAGGAGAUCGCUCUUCCUCAAAAUGGAAUCACAGCGAUAGGUGUUGGAGCGCUAGCGUCAUGCUUUAAAUCGAAUCCAAAUCUACGAGUUAUUAACCUAAACGACAACACUGCCGCGCAGAUGGGAAGUGAACUGAUCGCUAAGGCUCUUACUUAUCUGCCAAGGUUAGAAGUGCUUAAUUUGGGCGAUUGUUUAUGUCGAGACCAAGGAUGUCAUGCAAUUGUGGACGCUUUGUCACCAUCUGUUCACAAGAAACUGAAGGAGCUUGAUCUCUCCGGUGCUGAGUUAAGCGGACCGGCUGGGGUGCAGAUUGCAGGAAAGUGGAGGAAGUUUCCGCCAAGCACAAAGUUAAUUUUGUCCUCGAACAAUUUUGGCGAUAUGUUCGAACAAGUCGAAGGUUCGGGAGGCGUAAAUGUCGACAUGGGCGACAUGGAUGACGACCAGGGUUCCCUGAGUUCGGAUGAUGACGAGAGAAUGAGCGCAGAAGAUAGCGAUGACGACGAAGAAGAUGAAGAUGAUAUGGAUGUGAUAGUGGAUGAAAAGGAUCCUAAAAUUGUGGAGAUCACAUCAAGCGAAGAGGAUGACGAUCCAAGUCAACUUCUCCAAGAGUGUAAGGACGAAAUAGAAGCGGCUCGGGCUCAUUUCGAGUCCGCAACUCAAGAAGAGACUGCCCGUCUUAUACUCAAACUGGCUCAUAUCGUUUCUAAAAGUUACGAAAAAACUGAAAUUGUGGACGAUAUUUUCGACGAGGCUGUUGAUGCAGCUGAAGAUGUGUUGGUGCGGGUUAAAGGAGUUCAUCGACGUCCAAACUCUACGACAACUCAACUGGUUAAUAAUCUUAUUGCUCAAGCUGGAUUCGUUAAGUGUGAGGAAAAGUGGAACAUCCCUGUGGAUCGCAAAACUCUGGGAAUGAUGCUACACAUGUUCGUCUCUCAUCAGAUUUUGGGAGAUCAACGUGAAUUGAUAAGAACUUAUUUCGGACAACAGUCAUAA